AUGUUGCGUGAUAACUAUAGGGUCAAGUUCAAUACCGUUGAAUCCGAAGAGCCUAUUGUUCUACCUCCUCUACCUCUGGGGCAUACAUUCGUAGUGACUAGCAGUCUGAUGAAGAUGCUUACAACGAGGGGUUUGUUCUCUGGUAUGGCAUCGGAUGAUCCGUAUAGGCACAUGGCCAAGUUGAGGAGUUCUUGCAAGAGUUGCGUGGGUCGACCGGAAUUGGACAUGGAUAUCAUUAGGUUGAGAGUCUUCCCUCUAUCAUUAAUCGGUGAUGUUGUUGUGUGGUUUUCUGAGCUUCCAUAUAACUCCAUUCACACAUGGGAUCAAUUGCAUAAAGUGUUCAUGGCAAAGUACUUCCCAAUGUCAAAGAAGUUGAACCACAAAGAUAAACUCAACACAUUUGUGGCACUACCUGGAGAGUCUAUCAGUAGUUCGUGGGAUAGGUUCACUACCUUCAUCAGAAGUGUUCCAAACCACCGCAUUGAUGAUGAUUUGCUAAAGGAAUAUUUCUACAGGGGUCAGGAUGACAAUAGUAAGGUGGUGCUUGAAACUAUCGCUGGAGGUUCAUAUGGUAAGUGCACUUUUGGGCAGAUCACUGAGAAAUUGGAGAAGAUCUCCCGGAAAAACAAAGCCUGGAGCACUAGAAAGUCAGACACUGGGAAGAGCACAUUUGCAGUUCAAUCUACACCCAACCAAUCUGCUGAUGACAUUCAUGAAGAGAUGAUGAAUCAGUUGUCUACUACAGUAAACCCACGUCAGCCUGGCACACUUCCUAGCAACACCAUCCAAAAUGCGAAUAAUAAUGGGCAUUGUAUGGUAGUCACUACUCGAGUGGGUAAGCGAACCAUUAAUCCACCUAUGAUGUCUAAGGUGGAAAUUUUGGUUGAGAAAGAUGAUGAAGAGAUUGAGGUUACAGGAGAGUCCAAGAAUGCUACAGAGAAGGAAGCAGAGAUAACCCAAAAAGUUGUCCUAAUGCCUAGACCUCCAUCUCCAUUCCCACAGAGGUUAGUUAAGAACAAUGAAGAAGGGAAAUACCGCAGGUUCAUCGCUAUGUUGAAACAAUUGUCCAUCAAUGUUCCGUUGAUAGAAGCUUUGGAGCAAAUGCCUGGGUAUGUGAAGUUUAUGAAAAAUUUGGUGACGAAGAAAAGGUCCAUGAGAUUUGAAGAUGAUGAUAGGUUGCAAUAUUGUAGUGUUAUUGUUAGAAGGUCCCUUGUGCUGAAGAAAGAGGAUCAUGGUGCCUUCACUACUCCAUGUACCAUCGGGUUGCUACAUUUUGCGAAGGUGUUGUGCGAUUUGGGUGCUAGCAUUAAUCUGAUGUCAUUGUCUAUUUACAAGAAGUUGGGUUUAGGGGAUCCAAAACCGAUCGCGAUGCGUUUGCUCAUGGCUGAUAGAGCUGUGAAGAGGCCCAUUGGUAGUAGUGAGCUCAAGUCAGUAUCAGUGGUGAAUCAUAUUGUAGAGAGUGGUUAUGAGGUGUCUAUUGAAGAGAGGUUGGGUAUUGAUGCACUAGCAGUGGUAAUGAUGAAUUUUGAGGGUGGUGGUAUUGACGACUUUGAUGAAUUGGUCGCUGCACUUGAUAGGCUCGAAUUCCGUUCAAAACCAAAGAGAUUGGAAUUAGACAUGAAGAAUCGCGACUCUUCACCCGCAAGACUGUCUGUUUAUGAGGCUCUGAAAUUGGAUCUUAAGAUGCCAUUUGGGUUGUGCAAUGCACCAGUGACCUUCCAGCGUUGUAUGGAUGUCGAUAUUUUCUGA